AUGAGUCCUCACUCAACCUCUGCACCGCUCUACAAUGUGCCUCCUCUGGACGACCAGAACAUAACGUUUCUUGAAUGGAAGCCGUUGUUCGUUAGCCAAGCCGAUGGCCAUGAAUUUACUCAAUUCUACCUCAACAAGGCAUAUGUGCCUUCGGACCUUAUCUUGAGUAUCCUGGAUGACGACUCCAAAUCGACAAGCUACUCGGUCGACGCGGAUUUGACUGGUGAUGACCUAAGUGCUCGACACAAGGCGAUCGCUACUCUUAUCCAAUCGGUACAUAGUACUACUCUGAAGAAGGAAACUGCCAAGGCGCUGUCUCGUUUACGUGCUUUGGCGCUAACGGCGCUGACGUUUCUCAACUCGUCAGUGAAUAACCCAUUCGCCUGCGACCCUGCGGUGCUUAAUGCCCAAUCCCAGAUGAUCAAGUACCACGAUGGUGACUGUCUGGACACUCUCUUGGCCGAAGUCAAGUCUAUCGGGCUGCCAUGA